UGCAGUGAGAGAGGCUGAGUGGCAUCCAUCUGUUUUCCCUGAUUCACUCGUUGGAAGUAAUUGUAAGAUCCAACAGAACGCCGAUUUCCUUCCCCCUUUCUUCUCUCCCUCUCCCUCCUGAUUCCCUAUAGAAGCUCCCUCCUUUUCGGCGGCCAUGGCGUCGUCUUCUUCUUGCCCCUAUCCCCGCGUUUUUGCGGCCCUGAUUUUUUUCUUUCUCAUCGGUUUCUCGUUUGUGGGCGCUGACGAUGUCAAUCACGACGACGACGACGACGCCCCUCAGUCUCCGUCAUGCAACAAUCCCUUCCAAUUGGUGAAGGUCAAAAACUGGGUCUCGGGUGCUGAAGGUGAAAGUUUAGAUGGGUUGAAUGCAAAAUUUGGGGCCGUGUUGCCUUCUAAUGCCGAAAAAGCUCUCAGAUUGCCUGCUGUUUUUGCAAAUCCUGCAAACUGCUGUUCCAAUUCAUCUUCAAAGUUUUCUGGAUUUAUUGUCUUGUCUGUACGUGGUGAUUGCGACUUCACGAAAAAGGCAGAAAUUGCAGAGUCAGGAGGUGCUGCGGCCUUGGUGGUGAUAAAUGAUGAAGAAGAUCUUUACAAGAUGGUCUGUGCUGAUAAUGACACUACUUUAAAUAUAUCUAUUCCUGUUGUGAUGAUCCCAAAGUCAGGAGGAGAAGCCCUUAACAAAUCUUUGGCAAACGGACAGAAAGUGGAGCUUUUAUUAUAUGCUCCCAAGCGUCCAGUUGUAGACUUGUCAGUGGUGUUCUUAUGGAUGAUGGCUGUUGGAACAAUUUUAUGUGCUUCAUGUUGGUCAGAGUUCACUGGUUCUCAGCAGAGUGAUGAGCGUUACAAUGAACUAUCUCCGAAGGAAUCUUCCAAAGCUGAGACAAUGUUUGACGAUCUUGAGAAGGAAGUCCUCGAUAUUAGUGCCAAGGGUGCUAUAGUUUUUGUCAUCAUGGCAUCAGCAUUUCUGCUGCUUUUAUAUUUUUUUAUGUCUUCCUGGUUUGUGUGGGUGCUGAUCGUACUUUUCUGCAUUGGUGGUGUUGAGGGAAUGCAUGCUUGUAUAGUUAGCCUGAUGUUAAGAAAAUGCAGAAACUAUGGGCAAACGAUAGUGAAUUUGCCUCUUGUUGGGGAGGUUUCAAUUGUGUCACUUGUGGUCCUAUUGUUCUGUAUGGCAUUUGCAAUUUUCUGGGCUGCUACUCGAAAGUCAUCGUAUUCAUGGUUCGGUCAAGAUGUUCUUGGUAUCUGCUUGAUUAUAACAGUCUUACAGAUUGCCCGAUUACCCAAUGUCAAGGUUGCUACUGUACUUCUUUGUUGUGCGUUUAUCUAUGACAUCUUUUGGGUGUUCAUAUCUGAAGCAAUCUUCAACGAGAGUGUUAUGAUUGUGGUUGCUCGAGGUGACAACAGUGGCGGAGAAUCCAUUCCCAUGCUUUUGAGAGUCCCUCGUAUUUUUGACCCCUGGGGUGGUUAUGAUAUGAUUGGCUUUGGGGACAUUAUAUUUCCUGGAUUGCUUAUAUCUUUUGCUUUCAGAUAUGACAAAGCAAAUAAGAAGGGAAUGUCAAAUGGAUAUUUUCUUUGGCUGAUGAUUGGGUAUGGAUUUGGCCUUUUCCUUACAUAUCUGGGCUUAUGUCUAAUGGACGGGCAUGGUCAGCCUGCACUUCUCUAUCUUGUUCCAUGUACUCUAGGUCUUAUUGGCAUACUGGGUCUUGUGAGAGGUGAGCUGAAGCAACUUUGGAAUUAUGCCACAGAGGAGCCACCAUCAUCUCCUAGGGGUCUUUCUGGAGAAGCUUGAAACAUUAGAUAGACCUCUAUCUUCCUCAAGGAAAUGAGCUGAAAUUGCACGGAUCUUUCUAAGCAUACAGUGUAAAGAGGUGGAAUUCCAUGUUAUUUCAUUCAAUAAGUACAAUGGCUCCUUAUGAUGUGAAGAAGACAGUAAGAACAGUGUAGGGCUGUACAUUGUAACAACAAUUCAUCUAAAACAUUAGAUGGCAUGUAUAUCUGCUUCUUUGUAUUUAUUAUCCCAACGAUAGUUCUUCCCCAUCUCUUUGUAAUAUUCUGAACUGUUUCUUCCUUCGUUCACGUUGAUUACUGAUGAUAUGCUCAGGAAGAAGUUCAAUUUUAUUUUGUAUAUGAUCAA